AUGCUGACCAGCAAGGGCGAGGGAUUCCUUCACUUCGGUUUGUGUCUCUGGUUGUGUAUGUUCAUGUCCUUCUUUAAAGGCUCUGCAGGCUGUGCAUCUGAAGAGAGGCUCUUUCACAAACUGUUUUCUCAUUAUAACCAGUUCAUCAGGCCUGUGGAAAACGUUUCUGAUCCCGUCACGGUGCAUUUUGAAGUGGCCAUCACACAGCUGGCCAAUGUGGAUGAAGUAAACCAGAUCAUGGAAACUAAUCUGUGGCUACGUCACAUAUGGAACGAUUAUAAAUUGCGCUGGGACCCAAUGGAAUAUGAUGGCAUUGAGACUCUUCGUGUUCCUGCGGAUAAGAUCUGGAAGCCUGACAUUGUUCUCUACAACAAUGCUGUCGGUGACUUCCAAGUUGAAGGCAAGACAAAAGCUCUUCUUAAAUAUGAUGGCAUGAUAACCUGGACUCCACCAGCUAUUUUCAAGAGUUCCUGUCCUAUGGAUAUCACUUUUUUCCCUUUUGAUCAUCAAAACUGUUCCCUGAAAUUUGGUUCCUGGACAUACGACAAAGCUGAAAUUGACCUUCUAAUCCUUGGAUCUAAAGUGGAUAUGAAUGAUUUUUGGGAAAACAGUGAAUGGGAAAUUGUUGAUGCUUCUGGCUACAAGCAUGAUAUAAAAUACAACUGUUGUGAGGAGAUAUAUACAGAUAUAACCUAUUCUUUUUACAUUAGAAGAUUGCCGAUGUUUUAUACCAUUAAUCUGAUCAUCCCUUGUCUCUUUAUUUCGUUUCUAACCGUGCUGGUCUUUUACCUCCCUUCUGACUGCGGUGAAAAGGUGACACUGUGUAUUUCAGUUUUGCUUUCUCUGACUGUGUUUUUGCUGGUAAUCACAGAAACCAUCCCAUCCACGUCUCUUGUGAUCCCCCUGGUGGGCGAGUACCUACUGUUCACCAUGAUCUUUGUCACCCUGUCCAUUGUGGUGACUGUGUUUGUGUUGAACAUACAUUAUCGCACUCCAAUGACACACACCAUGCCCGAGUGGGUGAAGACGGUUUUUCUCCAGCUGUUCCCCCAGAUCCUGAUGAUGAAGAGGCCUCUGGACAAGACGAAGGAUACAAGCUCAGAUAAAAACUCCAGAGGCAUUUCUGGUAGGCCCACCGAAGUCAAUGUUGAUAAUCGCAGAGAGACCAAACUUCCUCAAGAAUGCUGCCACUGUCAUAAAUCAAGGGAGCUUGCCACUCGCAGGAGAAGAUUAAGUCAUCAGCCUUUACAAUGGAUGACUGAAAAUUCAGAGCACUCGCCCGAUGUCGAAGAUGUAAUUAACAGUGUACAAUUCAUAGCAGAAAACAUGAAGAACCAAAAUGAAACAAAGGAGGUAGAAGAUGACUGGAAAUACGUAGCCAUGGUGGUGGACAGAGUGUUUCUUUGGGUGUUUAUAAUUGUCUGUGUGUUUGGAACUUCAGGGCUAUUUCUACAGCCACUACUGGGGAACACAGGAAAGUCUUAA